AUGGAGUCUAAAGUCCUUGAACGCAUACAGCAUAUAAAGCUUACAACGGAUGAAGAUGAGGCUAUGGCAAUCCAAUUAGUACAAAGAGAUAAAAUAUUAGAGGAAUUCUCCCUAAGCCUCAUAGGAAGAUUCCUCACGAAGAAGCCAAUUAACUUAAGAGCUGCCAAAAGCUUGUUGCGGUCUAUGUGGAAACUUGGCGACGACUUAAAGAUCAUUGACGUAGGGGAGGGACUGCUUCAAUAUGAGUUCUCGUUGGAAAGCCAACUGAUGUGGGUUUGGAAUAAUGGGCCAUGGUGUUUUGAUAAUCAUCUUUUGGCUCUUCGACAAUGGGAAAAAAGAAUGUCAUUCAGGUCCGUGACAUUUCUAAAACAACCAUUCUGGAUUCAAGUGUGGGGGCUGCCUUUUGACUUGAUUAAUGAGGAGGCGGGCAACGAUAUUGGUAGGAGCAUAGGAGAGUUGGUGGAGGUGGAUUGUAAAGCAUUCAAGUCGAACCAAUCCAGAUUCUUACAGAUACGUGUGGAAGUCCCGUUGAACAAACCACUCAGGCGAGGAGGUCCGAUGAUCAGCCUAGAAGGGGUGACAACCAAAGGCCUUUUAGUAUGA